UCAAAAAUAAAUAAAACGGAGUGCGCAUGAAUUCUCCCAGGAGCCACCGCUCUUCCUCUUCCCAUAAGUGGCCUGAGGCGAUCUCUGAAAAUGGUUCGCUAUUCACUUGACCCGGAAAAUCCGACAAAAUCACGCAAGUCAUCAGGGUCAGAUCUUCGUGUUCACUUUAAGAACACGCGGGAAACUGCCCAGGCCAUCAAGGGUAUGCAUAUCCGAAAAGCCACCAAGUAUCUGAACGAUGUCGCUUUGCAGAAGCAACGUGUGCCAUUCCAACACUGCAAUGGUGGAGUUGGUAGGUGGGCCCAGGCCAAACAGCGGGGCUGGACACGGGGUCGGUGGCCCAAAAAGAAUGCCGAAUUUUUCCUGCACAUGCUUAAAAAUGCAGAGAGCAGUGCUGCGCAGGGUUUAGAUGUAGAUUCUCUGGUCAUUGAGCACAUCCAGGUGAACAGAGCCCCCAAAAUGCGGCGUAGAACUUACAGGGCUCACGGUCGGAUUAGCCCAUGCGUGAGCUCUCCCUGCCACAUUGAGACGAUCCCCACGGAAAAAGAACAGGUUGUUCCUAAACCAGAAGAGGAAGUUGCACAGAAGAAAAAGAUAUCCCAGAAGAAACUGGAGAAGCAAAAACUUACGGCCCGGGAGUGAAUUCUGCAUAACAUACAUGCAAAUAAAA